AUGGAUUACAGCGCUCACGAUCCCGACCACCCCGCGGGCGGCGACCCUUGGGCUUCGUCGCCUCAGGCGAACCGAUCAUCUUUUGGCCAGCCUCCAACUAACGAUAUUCCGUCAUCCCCGCUGCCUGCGCAGGCUUCCCCAUAUGGCGAGAACAGUGAGCAGUACGGCUAUCUGGGCGAGCAGGAUGCGCAAAGUCGGCCGGGCACGGCGCCUGAGAAUGGCGAUCAAUCGCAGCAACAGCAGGCGCACGGUCAGGACGCGCCUCGGUCACCUCAGCCGCAGCAACAGGGCCAACAGGGACAGCAGCCACAAAGGUAUCACGGCACGAGACCACAGCGACAACAGCAGCAACAGUACAAGCUGCAGGCCAAGGUUACAGGUCUUGAGCGCAACGGAAAGAAGGACCCCAUAAUACGAUUCGAUGUUUACGUACGUCUAUACAAGUUCAACAUGGCAAAAGCAUGCCUCCGCAAUACGAACCUUCCCAAGUUUCGCACCACGCAAUUCCGCGAUGUCCGACGUCUACACUCUGAAUUCGUGAAACUCGGCGAGCAUCUCAUUUCCGCAUGCCCGGAAGCCAUUGUACCUGCAGUACCACCGGCGACUACAUCGGCAGGCGCUGGAACUGAUGAAGACGAGGCACGACUCAAGAUAUCAAUUCAGCGGUGGCUCAAUAUUGUGUGCAGCAAUGAAAUACUCAUACGUGACGAGGAAAUGGUCUUCUUCGUAGAGAGCGACUUUGGCUAUAGCCCCGUGGUGCGGAGGAAGCAACCUGCUACUGGAGUGCGCCGCAAGAUGAUCAAGCAGUUUGCGCCGCCGCCGGACGACACGCCAGAACUCGCUGCGGCACGACCAGUGGUUAAAGCCUUCUACCUCGGUACAAUGGAAGCCGAGCAGAAGUUGGAGAAGGUUGUGAAGCACCGAAGGAACCUCGGGGUUGCUGAAUCUGACCUGGGCGCCAAGUUUGCAGCACUACAGGUCCAAGAGACGCACGUUGGUCUGGCCCACGCGUACAAGAAACUCGGGAAGAUUAUACAGGCUACGGGUGACUUUCAUGCCGCUCAGGGCACCGCUGAAGCUACCACCCUGGGUGAUCCACUCCAGUACCACAGCAGCGAUGCUUUUAUCGCAAAGGAAACUCUGACAAAUCGUCACAUCAUCCUUCGCGAACUGCUCCAAGCACAAUCAGCGACCAAGUCCAAGUUGUCAGCGGCCGACCGGCUGAAGGCCAGCUCAAGCGUGAAACGGGAAAAGGUUGACGAAGCUAUUGCUGCUUUAGACGAGGCUAGAAGCCAUGAGCAAUAUUUGAUGCAAAAGGCCCAACGUGUCACUGCCAAUCUUCUUCAAGAACAGCGGAGGUGGUUUGAUCGGACUACGCACGACAUGCGGCAAGCGAUUCGGGAAUACGUAGUGCGCCAGAUUGAAGCCGAACGCCGUACUCUAGCUACUCUGGAAUCCGUACGACCGGACAUUCGGGCCAUUGAUGGCAGCGGCGGUCUUUCGCGGCUUGGACGUGAAGCGCAUCCACCACAGCGCCGGGUUCCCAUGGCAAGCUCUCAAGGACCCAAGGGCGAUGCAUGGUCUGGUGUGCCGCGACGACCCGGUGAUGGGCUCAAUCGCAGUAUGAGCGGUAGUUUUGUCGCUCCACUUCCUGAGACCGACGAAAACGACGAAGAGACAAUACACGGCAGAAAGCGGGCUACGAGCAAGGCGGGAAGCCAGGCAGGAGUGGAAGAGGACGACGAUCGGAUUGAUGCGAAGAACGCGGCCAGUAGGCUAGCCACGACGACGUUCUAG